UUGAUAAUUAUUUCUGUAAUACAAGAAAACUUUUCAGGCAAAGCUGAAGUCGAAUGUGGUGAAAAUACUAUUGAAAUUGUGUUUCUAACGGAAAGCGUUUUUCAAGGCCGAAUUUACGUCUUAGGACAUUCAAAUGACGAACGCUGCGUAUCGCGUGAUACUGGACGAAGAACAACGUCAAUUACUGUCCGUAAAGAUCAAUGUGGUGUCGUUGUCACGCGAUCUGUUAGUAGUAUAUGGCUUAUUCAAAUUAAAUUUCAAAAAUUUUCAAAAUCACACAUAAUUUUUGUUUUUUUACUCUACUUGACAAAUUUAUAUUUGAUAAGAAAGAGAAAUAAUAAUAAAUGA